AUGUAUGAAUUGGCCACGGAUGCGCCUGACCCUUGGGAUUAUAAUGGCGCCGAAACUACUGUGAUUCGUCGCAUGAGCAACCCGCCCUCGUACACGAAAGAACAGGCGAAAUAUACGGCUGAACCACCAGAAAACCAUCCGUAUUGGCUUGACAACCACGCCGACUUCAAACGAAUACGCACUACGGUCAAAUAUCAAGGAACUUACGAUAACCAUCCACUACGCAACUGGCAUAACCGGUUCGACACACCUACCGACUACCAUGAUUACUGGAAGGAUGACGGCGAUACUGAUAUUGCGCAGUACGUCGUGGAUAUCUGCGAAGCAUCCAGGCAAGGAAUCCUACUCCCAGAAGCCUGGCACGAUAUCGACGGACCACCAGAGUAUAUUGUGAAAGCCCAGGACGCCGUUAGACACAUUUAUAGGAACUUACGAGGACACCUCCACGAACUGGACGAAUGCGAACUCUGUAGCGCUAAUCACAACGAAGAACCGCUUGAAUCCGUUGAAGGAAAUCGACUUCUAUUCUUCAAUGUCAACGUCCUACCAAAGAACUAUGGGCAACUUGCGCCUUACGACUACUACGUCAAGCACUACAAGAAUCCUUGGGCCUCCGAUAACCACGUCGUCGCUUUUAAUCCAUGGAACGUCAAGAUAAUCUAUUUGCGACGGAUUCGCAUCGAUAUCUUACAGUUCUUUCGCGAACUUAUCUACUACGUCUUCACUCCGGAAUUUCGACGCUUCAUCGACAGCCCGCAAGCACCCAGUGAUAUGCGACACUACUUCUACCAUCAUUGCGCCUUCUUUCGAUUCUUGGACUACCACAUUCCCCUCCUCUUUCAAGGCUUUUCCUGCGAAUGUAUUCACCCUGAAGUCGGAUCGUCACAUACUUGGACCGAACGGCAGCCUAAUCCACCUCGAAACCCACUCCUCACCGCCGAAGAAGACGAAUUCCUUCACCAUAUCAGCGAAUACUUCGAAUAUCAAGAGGUUAUUCGAAUGGCAAAUACCUGUCGUCACCUACGCGAAAUCUCUUACUUCCUAUCUUCUCAUGUCCGCAGCCUCUUCGUUCAUGGAUACCUUGAUCCCGACUACAUUUUUGACGGUCAGAAUAAUCGGCGCGCCAUUAUGUGGUGCAGAGAUUCCCUCGCCGCUUAUUGA